AAAGUACGCGAUAGCGUGCAUAUACAAGCCACCAGGCACCAGGCACUAAACAAUCGUCUGCGAGUAGGGGAAGUGAAAAAUUCUAUAUGGCGAGCGCCGGUGCCGGUACUGGUGGAGGAGGGAAGGUCUCCUUCAAAGUGACACUUACCUCCGAUCCCAAACUUCCUUUCAAGGUGUUUAGCGUACCGGAGGCAGCCCCUUUCACGGCUGUCCUGAAAUUUGCAGCCGAGGAAUUUAAAGUCCCUCCCCAAACCAGCGCUAUCAUUACUAACGAUGGGGUAGGAAUCAAUCCUCAACAAAGCGCAGGCAAUGUCUUCCUUAAACAUGGCUCCGAACUCCGCUUGAUCCCCCGUGAUAGGGUAGGAGCAACCGAGUAAAGAAAGCAACAGGCUGGAUGACUCUUUUUAUUUUUCUGGUUUAUCUAAAUGUGUUUCUGCUUUACUUUUUUUUUUUUAUAUAAAUGGGAGGAUGGUGAGAGAGCCCUCUUGGGCAUUAUACUGUAUAACUGAUACCAUACAUUUUGUGAAUUUCAUGUGGAACCAAUCUACAGGCGGUAGACUUUUAAGGUUUUAGUUAAUAAUGGAAGCUCCCAUUGUCGA